CAUUUCUUGCCUCCCCUAAAGCACCAGUCAGCGGGGUGAAAGUGUGCUGACGUGGCAAGUCUUCUACAAAUUUCAAAGGACCCAAAGGAAUUUGAAAAAAUAGACACCCAAAAGAACCGAAAAGGGUUAAAAAAUCGAGUGAAUUAGAAAAGGAAGUGCCCAGCUGCUGGUGCUCACCGGCGAUCGGGAUUGUCGUAAACGCCGUCGUUUUUCCUACUCGUGAUCUCGAGCUCUAGGCGUUGCAAGCUAAUUCCGGCUCCCCGUCUUAUCACGGCCGUUGAAUCUCCGGGGCCGGCAGUGUUAAUCGGAGGAGGAGGAGGAAUUGGAUGGGAUAUGGCGGAACCGCCAUCACUUUCGGGAGUGGCGUUGGUGAAAGAUAACAAGCUAUGGAAAGGAGUAUUUGCUGUCUCCGGAAUCAUGUCAACGCUCAUAGUCUAUGGUCUUUUACAGGAAAAGCUCAUGAGAAGACCAUAUGGGGGCAAAGAUUAUUUCGAAUACUCCUUGUUUCUUGUCUUCUGUAAUCGAAUUACAACCUCUGCUGUCUCAGGUGCAGUUCUCCUGGGAAGUAAAAAAGUUUUGGAUCCUGUUGCUCCACUUAAAAAUUACUGUUGGAUUUCCAUUUCUAACAUAGCUACAACAACAUGUCAAUAUGAGGCCCUAAAAUAUGUCAGUUUUCCCGUUCAGACAUUGGCCAAGAGUGCUAAAAUGAUACCUGUAAUGAUUUGGGGCUCUUUCAUCAUGCAAAAGAAGUACCACUUCCAAGAUUACCUGAUUACACUCAUGGUGACGGUUGGGUGUUUUAUAUUUAUUUUCUUCCCGGCAGCAGGUGAUAUUAGUCCUCAUAAUGGGAAAGAAAGCACAGUAUGGGGUGUUACCCUUAUGAUUGGUUAUUUAGGGUUUGAUGGCUUUACUAGCACAUUCCAAGAUAAACUAUUUAAAGGCUAUGAUAUGGACAUACACAAUCAGAUCUUCUACACUACACUGUGUUCUUGUAUGCUCAGUUUCGCUGGUCUGAUCUUGCAAGGCAAUCUGGUCAAGGCUAUCGAUUUUGUUUUUCGUCACCAUGACUGUUUCUUUGACAUUUUAUUGCUUUCAACUGUAGCAACAGCUAGUCAAUUCUUCAUUUCUUAUACAAUCCGCACAUUUGGUGCCCUCACGUUUGCGACAAUAAUGACAACAAGACAGUUGGUGAGCAUUCUGCUGUCCUGUCUGUUUUUCGCACAUCCACUCGGCUGGCUACAGUUCGUAGGAGCUGUAAUUGUUUUCGGAUCCCUUUAUGCCAAAACCUUUCUGAAGAAACCGUCAGCUUCUCAGCGUCCAGUGGAUGCUGCUUCUAUUCCAUUGACAGCAAAUUCAGAGCAGGAAAGAAGGUAGUAGCUUCUGUGGUAUCUUUACUAAUUUUGAGGCAGACAUAUGAAGAUUUGGAUUGGAUGCUUUACUUGGCUCCAGAUAGCACGGCAUUUUGUCAAAGUAACCUGCUUGAGAGAUGCUUAGAUCCUAACCUUUAAUGUAGAGUUUGAACUUUGAAGCCCAAUUUUUCGGUGGGUUAAAUUAUAGUUACACGGAAGUUUAUAUUUAACCCUCUUCCUAAUUUUGCUGUGAAAUCAAGGAAGUACAUGGUUUAUCAUUAUUGGUGUAUACCAAAGCACUUGUUGCAUCUUGAAGGAGAGGAGAGUAUAUGCGUUUCUAAUAGUAAUCCAAGAGGCUAUAUUCGAUUGUUCAUUGCAUUGGGUGAGAAUACUGAUGACUUCCACUAGUGUUAACACGUCAGAAUAUUUAGGCCUUCUCUUGCAGAAUGUUUAGAUGGGGUUAUGUAUUACCGGUAUCAGUGAACUGAAAUGACAUCGUGACACGAUUAAUACGCAACAGUCACAAUUGUUAUUACACAAUUAUAAACAUGUACUCAUCACCAAUUGUAGUUGUAGUUAGGCUUAUUUUCUUGCAGAGUCACCCCC